AAUCCUCACUGGACUUCAUCCUGUUUAAUUUUUCAUUUUAGGGUUUUUAUUUAUAUGUCCAAAAAUCCCCAAACAGCACCCACAGUUCCCAAACCAGCCCAAAGAAAUCCCCAAUUCCCAAACCGACCUCCAGAUCACAGUCAGGGAAAUGGUUGUCGAAACGGCGAAUUAGGGCUUCGAUUUGAUCAUAGAUUGGGAAAUGGUUCUCGAUUGAUGUUUGAAGCUUGAAUUUGAGGUUCAAUUUUACUUGUUCUUUUUGAGGAUUUUUCAUGGCGGAUGAGGGAAAUCAGAACGGGAGUGGAGAGAUGGAUCUCAGUCUCAACCUUGGUCUCCCUCAAUCCUACCUCAAUGGUGUCACCGGCCUCGGAACCACCCUCACUAUCAGCUCCUCUCCCACCGCCGAAGGGGACAGCGAUCCGAUGAAGCCUCCGGAACAAGAAGAUCUCUAUGCUGCGGCCAACCUUUUGAUCAAUGUUGGAUCAGUGCCCGUGGCUGAGGAGCAGGGCUACGCCGUUGAUCCUCUUGUUCCCGUUGAAGCAGUUCCAUUGCGAAGCUUCGUGAUAAGAGAUGUGCUGUUGGUCCCUGAUGAUGCAGUGCCGCUGGUUGCUGUACAACCUUCAGCUUCGGAUAUCGACGCUUCUCCAUUGACGACUACUCGGUGUCAUGAUGAGAAUUCGCAGGUUGUGCGCUUGUUCUUCGUUUCUGAUCCAAAUUUCAGGUUUGAGAGACCGACAGAAACCGAGAAUCAGCCUGUGAGGCAGGAGGGAUCUGGACAGGGUUCGGCGGUGAAGGACGAUGAUAAUGCUGAAUUUGAGUGCAAUGUAUGUUUUGAUACCGCAAAGGAGCCUGUGGUCACUUCUUGUGGUCAUCUCUUCUGUUGGUCAUGUUUGUAUCGAUGGUUGCAUCGUAACCUGGAGAACAAAGAAUGCCCAACAUGCAAAGGUGCUUUGCUUGGAUGUAACAUCACACCCAUCUAUGGGCGAGGGGGACCGGAGAGAAGCAUGCGUGGUGAGGUUGGAGAGGAAGGGAAGCAGGGGGGGUUUGUGAUACCACCAAGGCCACGGGGAAGUCGGUUUGAGGGCUUCAACCAAUGGUUUGAGCCUGUUUUUGAUGUGGCUGAUGAGGAUGUUAUAUCUAGUUGGAGAAGUAUUGUGGAGGAGGGGAUGAGGAAUAUGUUUGAAAGAAUUGUGGAGCCAAGCAUGAAAGAGAUGUUUAACCGUUGUUAUCAAACGUUGAUGGAGACUCAGGCAGACCAAUGGGAUCCCGUGUUUGGUGAAACCAUUGGUGAGGUGUUAAGCCAAAGAAGGUGUCCAAGAGUUCCUCAGAGUAAUGCUGUUGUCUCAGCUUCUACUUACAGGAGGGAGGACUUACUUUGGCAAUGGUUUACACUUUGUGGCCUUGCUAAAACUCAGAAACUCACAGCUAUGGCCAACAUGGAGAUCAUGUUUGAUAGGAUCACUGCUGGUAUGGGUGGAAUUACUUCUGUUGGGCCUUCUGCAGUUGCUGGUCCCUCUAGCACAAUGGCUGUGAUUCAAGGAGAUAGUGCUUUUGCUUCUGACUCACCAGAAGCAAACAGUUCAGAGACUUCUGGGUCUCUUAGAAGAACUUGGAGCAGUGUUUCUGGCUCUUCAUAUGGGGAUGAUGGAGAUGAUGGGGAUGAUGGAGAUGUUCAUGAAAAUAUAAGGAGGAGGUUGAACUAAGUUACCAUGUUAUUGAUGGCAAUAACAGGCAAUAAUAAGACUCCGAGAAUAACUUAGUUCUAUGAGUAUUUCAUGUUUAUGUUCUCCUUUUAUAAGCAUAGUAUAGUGUCUUUUAAGAUGGCCGUGUUGUUGUAGUAGUAGUUGUUAUUUUGUUUCAGACAUCGAUCAUAUAGCAUCCUUCAUGUUGUUCGUUCGUUUUUGUAAAUAACUUCUUGUCGUUUAUAUAAAACAUAUAUAUAUCCGAUAGACU